CAACGAUCAGCUUCCUGGCCUUCCACAGCUUCCUGAACAGAUCCAUCCUGGCUGCUGCAGCCUCAAGCCUCAUGGAAGAGGGAAGCUCUCCUUGGAGCGAGUAAAGUUCUGCUUUUGGCUUUGCGCUUUUAGGCACGAGCAUCAUGAGUGGAAUCGCAGAGGGAGCUUUCCUCUCUCCGUCAAGGGAGUGAGGAGAGGAGGACAGACAAGAAGAAGUAAGAGAAGAGGAGUGGAGGGAAGGGGAGAGGAGAGGAAGUCAGAGGCAGAAGACAGGACCAAACUUUCCUCUAAAGGAUCUUUCCACCUCAUACUCUACUGACCAUGAGGCUGUGAAUCCCUCAUCCUUCUUUCCUCUUCUUCUUCUUCUUCUUCACUACCUGACCACAUGUCUCCCAAAGUGUCACCCACCCCUCAAAGCACAGGCGCCCACCUCUGGAUGCUGCUGUGGCCCCUGCUCUGUGCUCUGGUCCUGGCCAGAGGCUCCACGCUGAGCCCCGAGGACUUACAGAGCACUGCUAACACGUCGCUGCCCAGUGAGGACUGGACCGGCACGACGGCGAUCCAGCUGCAGCCGGACCUGCAGACUGAAACCCAGAUGCCGAUGGAAGCACAGACAGAAGCGCAGACAGAAGCGCAGACAGGGGCUCUGCAAACUCAGAGCACCACCAGCAACUACACAGGUCUGUCCUGUAUCCCUGUACUGCCGCCACGUCGGGGCUCCUUCUACGUAGAGAGUGGCACGGGCGUGUCGAUCGGCAGCGUGUUGGCCUUCUGGUGCAGGGAGGGAUACCAGCUGGUCGGCAGCGACAAAAUCUACUGCAACGUCCGCAACGGCAAACCGCAGUGGAGCAACUACCUGCCCGUCUGCGAAGCUAUCCCCAGACCUGAGGACCGUGGUCUGAGAGUGGCCGUGUUGGCUUCAGUCGUGAGCGGCAUCGUCAUCCUCGCCAUGUCCCUGUCCUUCCUCAUCUGCUGCCUGCAGGAACGAUCCAGUCGGGACCGAGCCAAGAAAGACGGACGGAGCAGGCGCAGAGAGAAGCGCUCGUCCCGUCGCAGCGAGUGUUGGCUGGAGAGAGAAGAAGGUGAUUGGGAAGCUUUCCCUCCUCCCAAGAUCUUCCAUCUCUCCCAGAGGAUGAACCCCCGUCUGGCUCCAGACAGUCCCCUCUACCUGACUGGAGCACUCGGUGGAUAUGAGAACAGAGGGUACCAGAGGAGUCAGGAGAGUUUGCUGAAGACCUCCCUGCCCGGACUCUACCGCUCCGAGUCUCAGCUCUACCCGCACGUCGUCCUGCAGAGGGUGCCGACUCCGACGGCGCCCUCUGCCCCUUCCGCUCCGUCCGCCCCCCUCUACCUCCACCUCCCCACCUCCUCCUCCUCUACCUCCUCGCCCGCCCACGCACCCGCCCACGCACCCGCCCACGGCCAUCCUCACAUGAUGGCGCAGUAUCCCACGCCGACGUACCCGCCCCACCCCAACACAGCUGUGCCCGCCUACCACCCAACGCCGGCGCCCAUCUACCCCAACCCCAACCCAAUGCCACAGCGGCCAUGGCAGUAGUCUUCCACUUAUACAGGGCGCUGUGCCGUCCUGCUGAAGCUGUUGAAGGGACGAGUUUUGGAGAAGUCUUUUUACUCUUCCUCAUCCCUGUUUUCUCCGACAAAGCAGAAACUGGAGAUGCAGCCGGUGCAGAAGCUCCGUCUUUUACCGCAUGCUUGCUGAACUUCUCCUGCAUUUUGGACUAAACAGGAACUGGACGCUCUCGAUUUUUCUCGUCCUUUUAUUCUCGCUGAACUUCUGCUUCCGCUUCUCUCUCUGCAAGAGGAGAUCUGUGGAGAAAGUCUUGCUUUUCUUUUUAGCUGUCAGAAAUUACAGGAAAGCUUCAAGUAGCCGGUUGACAAGGGAACACGGGAAGUUUUAAUUUAAAAGGUGCAGUGUGUAGGAUCUGGCGCCAUCUAGCGGUGUGGUUGCAGAUUGCAACCAACUGAAACUUCUCCCGUGUAUCAAGCGUGUAAGAGAACUACUUAAAGGUGAAACCGCGAUUGGCUCUAUCUAGAGCCAGUGUUUGGUUUGUCCAUUCUGGGCUACUGUAGGAACAUGGCGGCCGGCUCCGUGAAGAGGACCCGCUCCGUAUGUAGAUAUAAGCGUCUCAUUCUAAGAUAACGAAAACACAACGAUUCUUAUUUUCAGGUGAUUAUACACUAAAGAAAAUAUUAAAUAUUGUAUUCCAUUUCUGCCAAUAGAUCCCCCUAAAUGUUACACACUGUUCCUUUAAGGCGUACAAAUUCGGUUCAACCGUUCCGUUGAAGGAAACGAAGGAUUAGAAAGGACUUUGUCUACGGCCGCCACUGUUUAGGCAGCUCGAAUCUUCAUUUUUUUAAUAGUUUAUUGUUAAGAAAAGGAUCCCUAUCAGCCUUCCUGAGGUCCAAAUAAUCAUAUCUAGACAGAUAUAUAUAUUUUUGCUUUGAUGCUAAAGACUUAACAUGAAUUUCUGAAAUCUGAUGUGUGAUGUAAUGAAAGGUUUUGGGUCACUUUACAGCUCUUAUUAAUAUGUAUUUUACCACACUGCGUUGGAGAAAAGAGACUGGAGAAUGGAGCUUUAUGGGUAGCAAACACACUGCGAUUAACCUGCUGUUGUUGUUGCUGCAGCCGGCCAACUUUGUGCUGUUUGUAUGGAUUUAAUGAUGCAGAGAUCGUUUUAAAUUGAUCUUUUCUUUCUCACAGGAAUUGUUAGCUAAAUGUAAAAAGAAA